AUGUGUGGUACUUGGAACGGACUUCAAGCAUUAUUUCUUAAUGAAUGUCCAUAUGCUUACUAUAUCCAUUGUUCUACCCACCGACUACAACUGACAUUGGUUUCUGCAGCCAAGGAUGUGAUUUGUAUUUGGAAAUUCUUUUCUCAUUUGGACAAUAUUGUUAAUUUUAUUACUUCUUCUCCUAAGCACAUUAAUGCAUUACAAACUGCUCAAAGAAGAGAGCUUGAGGAUAUGUUGGCUAGUGGAGAACGACAAUCUGGAAGCAGGAUCAAUCAAAUUGAUAUGUAUGCUGCAACUUGCAAGGUACUUGAGUAUCUUAUAGUUCAUUCUCUAAAUGGAAGAUCUCGUGCUGAGGCUCAUGGUGUUUAUGAAACUAUUAAAAGCUUUGAAUUUGUAUUCUCAUUGCAUUUAAAGCAUAAAAUUUUGGGAUUCAAUGACAUACUUUGUCAAGCUCUUCCAAAAAGAUCUCAAGACAUCCCUACGGCUAUCAAAUUUGUCUCCACCACAAAAGGUCUCCUUCAAGAAUUUAGAGAAGAUGGUUGGGAAGAAUUUCUUAAUGCGGUGAAAACUUUAUGUUUAAGAAAUGAUGCUGAUAUACCCGACCUAAACUCGUUUUAUAAGAUUUAUCGUCCUCGUGAAGAAGUUACGCUUGAGGGUCAUUACCACUUUAAUGUUUUUAAUGAAGCCAUAGAUUUCCAAAUGAUGGAGUUAAAUACAAGAUUUAAUGAACUAUCAGUAGAACUCCUUUCUCUCACUGUUGCUUUGGAUCCUCGAAAUUCUUUUGAAUCAUUCAAUGGGGACGAUAUUUUCAAGCUUGCAGAGAAGUUCUAUCCUUGUGAUUUUUCACAACAAGAGCUUCAUUCUUUGAGAAGGUCAGAGAAUUACAUUGUUCUCACUAAAUUGAUUCGUCUUGUCCUAACACUACCUGUAUCUAUAGCAACUACUGAGCGAGCUUUUUCAGCAGUGAAACAUGUAAAGACAGCAAUUCAUAAUAGAAUGGAGGAUGAGUUUUUUGCCGAUUGUAUGAUGCUCUACAUUGAACGAGAAUUUGCCGAGAAAAUAGAUGUAGAUUCUAUUAUCGACAAGUUUUAUGCAGUUAAAGCUUAA